UAUAAACAAACGUUUCUGUGGACAAUCCCGGCGUUUAGUUUUAUUUGGCAAGGCAGAAUAAUGGAUACGAGUGGCAUAACCCCAGACAUUAUUGAUACCAAGCCCGAAGCAUGCCUGGAGGUCAGUUAUCCCAGCGGUACCAAGGUAGAGCUAGGUAAAGAACUUACUCCUACUCAGGUGAAGGAUGAACCUACAGUUACUUGGGAAGCAGAUAAUGAUGCUCUAUAUACAUUACUGAUGAUCGAUCCAGAUGCCCCGUCGCGUGCUGAGCCCACCUAUCGUGAAAUUCUGCAUUGGUUUGUAGUUAAUAUUCCUGGAAAUAAAGUAGCUGAGGGUCAAAUUGUAGCAGAAUAUAUCGGUUCUGGUCCUCCAGAGGGCACUGGACUGCACCGCUACGUUUUUCUAGUCUUCAAGCAGGCAAAUAAAAUUGAAGCACAAACAUUCAUUCCGAAAACCUCUGUCGCAGGCCGUUAUAAAAUGAAGACAAGAGAAUAUAUUACCAAAUUCAAUUUAGGUGAACCAAUCGCUGGAAAUUUUUAUGAGGCACAAUACGAUGACUAUGUACCUAUAUUAAAAGCCACGCUUUCAACGUAGAGCAUCACAGAAUAAUUUAAAACAAAUAUUGUACAUACUCGUACAUAUGUAUAUACAAAUGUAAAUACGACUUCGUUUGUAAUUUAAAGUGAUUUGCAUAUAUUAUUAUUGAACAAAAGUACAAGGACUUAUUUAUGUACAUGUUAGUUAUGCUGCUGUAAAAUUAUAUGCGCACCACAUAUUGAUCAGUC